GACGCACUGAGCCCUCCAGAGCCUCUCCCUCCCACCGUGGAGGUAUCUUGUGAUCACAACUGUCGGCAUCGAACCGACCACACUGUGACGUCCACGGCUCAGUGUGAGUCAAGACGCCACAGGAGGGAAAUCCCCACGGCAGAGAGUGACGGGAGGCCCCUUUAAAUCGACGCAGAUUCUUCCUCCUUGGUGGGGUGCCAGGAACAAGAGAGAGGCAGAGAAAGAGGAAGAGAGCUCCGAUAAACAACAACAACAACGCGUCUCUCAGCGGCACAUUUGGACGGAUUCAGCUGUGUACUGCGGCGUCUUGAGGCACAAGACUGCGAGGACUUUUCCCGCUGUUAUUUCCAACAUUUUGGGUGUUUUUUUUUUUUUUUUUUGCCUCUACACGUUUCGGUGUUGAGAGCCAUUGCGGAAGUGAGAAUCUUCUAUUCAACGCGACAGCUACGCUCGGGUCUGUGCUGACAUCUAGCGGCCGAACAGGAGAACUGCAGCAUGUACGGAGCUUCAGGCAUCCCCGAGCUGAUCCCACACAGCGGGCCUCCUCGCCAGCCCGGCCCGGCUGGGCAAUUCAACCCGGGGCACCCGCAGGGGGAAGGACACGACGGUGGUGCGAACCCCCAGAGGCUCGGACAGAGGGCUCCGAAACUGGGUCAGAUCGGUCGGACCAAAAAAGUGGACCUGGAUGAUGAAGACCUGGACGACCUCAUGAACAACAAUGGCCAGUGCCCCGUCUCCCUGUCACCGAUCUCCUAACUUCUCAAAGAAGUGCCAAAAACCCCAGAAACCCCCUUCCCAUCAGCGCUCUUGGUCCUAAGUGUCUUCCUGGAGCUUCUGGUGGCUCAUCGGGGCUCCAAAUCGGCUCACUUAGUGCCGACUGAAGCCCCCAGGGGGCCCUGAUUGUACAUAGUGUCUAUUUAACUUCGCUCAGACUGUGAAUGAAUCGUACUGCGUCUCUCUCUGUACCCCUGUAGGCUGUCAGGACUCUAAGGGUUUUUCAAAGCUUCUUCUCAGAAAAGUUGCUGCUGUCGCACCUGAGGUAGACGGCAGCUGACCAGCCGGGCGUGUCCGACGAGGGUUACUGAUUCUCUGUGGGUUUGUUGUGUGAAGAAACACGAGCCUGUUAACGUGUAUCAACCGCGUGAAAAUUUUAGCUUUGUGCAACGACUCGCACAGGUCCUAAUGGUGUAGCUAUUACCCACUGAAUGAAAGCUCGCUAUUGAAGGUAAAAGUAAACGACUACUGCAAAUUAUUUAUUGUUUAAAGAAAUGUAUAUUUUUGUUGUUGUUGUCGUGGCUUCUACUUAUUCUUAUUUCUUUUCUUUGUCAUCUAAAAGUGGGAUUUAUAUUGUUUCCAAAUGGUGCACUUUGUGGGAAUGCCCGUCAUGUGCUGUGACACGUCGCAGAAACCUAUGCAUGAGGUCUGUGCAAGCGUCCAAACUGGUAUCCUGUGAUUUAAGGGCUACGUAGUAGUUUUCCUAAACCAAAACACUGUUUUGCUGAGCUUGUUAUCGGCCCGAGCUGCAGACUCGGCAGGAAAAAAUGUCACAAACAGCUAAUUUUUAUGCACUUUGAUUCUGUUCUUGUUUUUCUUUUUUUUAAAAUCAGAUUUAUACCUAAAUAUAUUCUGGUUCGCAUGUAGGACGCUUAUGUGUUUUAUAUUAAUGAAUUAGUUUUUGUCAUAGCAUCUUUCAGAGUUGGGCGAACUAUUUAAAGGUCAUGAUUGCAGUAAGAUCAAAAAAAACGUGCAGCUCUGAUUGGCUGUCGCUGGUGAGGCAACCUAACCCUGAUGUUUUGGGGGAUUUUGUAAAGAUUGGAGUGGAGUUAGACGUAAUGGGCCUUUUAAAGGCUUGUGAUUGAGGUCAUGGUCUACUGUUGGUGGCUGUUUCACACAGCUCACGUCUCUGACUCAGAUGUUGAGGUUGUGUUUGCCUUUUGCAUGAAAGUGAUCAACUUUUCAUGAUGCAUCUCUGGAAAUAAAAGUAUAAAUCCUUA